AUGGCGAGCUUCGCUUCACAAAUAUCUUUUCUUUUCUUGUUUCUGUUAUUUGCAACAACAUUCAACAGGGUGAUCAGUUGCGAUGAAAAUGAUCAAAGUUUGCUUUUCAUCUUCAAACAAGGAGUGGUCGAUCCAACCAACCAACUCUCAUCUUGGAGUGUUGAAAAAGACUGCUGUUUAUGGGAGGGAGUUCACUGCCACAACAUCACCGGAAGAGUCACAGAGCUUUCUCUCUUCAAUCAUUCAUUAGGAGGUGAGAUUAAUCUGUGUGUGCUUCAACUUGAAUUUCUCAACCACUUGGACUUGAGCGACAAUGACUUUGAAAACUUCAUAAAUGACCUUCACUGGCUUUCCCAACUUUCUUCUUUAAAAUAUCUUAACCUUAGUGACAGUGAUAUUGGAAAUGAUACCAAAUGGCUCCAGCAUAUAGCCAUGCUUCCUUCACUCUCUGAGUUACACUUGAGUGGUUGUGGAUUAAGAGAUUUUCCUUCCCUCGAUUGUGCCAAUUUUACGUCACUUGAAGUUCUUGAUCUUUCUUACAACUUUUAUACGGUGAAGUCAAAAUUACUUGAUUCAUUUUUUAAUAUCACCAAUCACAUCUAUAAUCUUAACCUUUUUGGUUGCAAUUUCUAUGGACAAUUGCCGAAGUCUUUGCUCAAUCUUCAAAAUCUCAAGUAUUUAGAUUUAGGGUAUAAUAAUCUCGAAGGAUCAAUUCCAGAUUGGUUAGGCCAAUUUGAACAGUUGCAAGACUUGGAAAUCUAUCACAAUUUGUUCCAUGGCAUAAUUCCAUCGUCUCUUGGAAAUAUUUCUUCCUUGUUCUACUUAGACUUGUCCUACAAUCAAUUGAACGGCAAUAUUCCAGAAACCUUGGGACAACUCCAUAAAUUAUAUCAUUUAGACAUCAGUGGCAAUCCGUGGAUAGGUGUUCUUUCUGAAAUGAAUUUUGCCAAUCUCUCAAAUUUAACAUCAUUGGACUUAAGCUCAACAAGUUUUGAAUUUGACUUUGAUCCUAAAUGGGUCCCACCAUUUCAACUUGAGGAGUUGGAUUUGAGCAACACAAGCAUAGGUCAUAAUGUUCCAUCAUGGCUAUACACACAACGGUCUUUAAGAAGUCUAGAUAUUUCUAGAUCUGGGAUUUCAAAAAUUGAUGCAGGUAUAUUUUGGAGCUUUGUAGUAGGAAUAUUUCAUGUUGAUAUCUCAAACAACUUGAUUAGUGAUGACAUAUCCAACGUCUCACUAUCAGCAAAUAUCUCUUACUUUGAUGCAUCUCACAACUCUUUAUCAGGAUCUAUUUUCUCAUUAUUGUGCCAACUAGAGAGCAAGGGAGAGAGCAUGUUGAGUUACUUGGACUUAUCAUAUAAUCAUUUGGGCGGAGCACUUCCCGAUUGCUUGGCCAAUUGGAAACAAUUAUAUUUACUUAAUUUAGGGAGUAAUAAGCUGAUAGGUGAAGUUCCUCCCUCAUUGGCUUCAUUGAAUCUUCGUUUGUUGGAUUUGGGUGAUAAUAGUUUCUUUGGAAAAUUUUCGUCAAACAUGCUAAAUUGGACCUAUUUGGAAUACCUCAUUUUAGAGAAAAAUAAAUUUUCUGGAAGUUUGCCAAAUCCAGUGGCGCAAUAUUUGGUAGUUAUUAAAUUGAGGGCCAAUCAAUUUGUGGGCAGUAUUCCAUCAAAAUUAUGCAACCUUUCUCAUUUGACAAUACUUGAUCUGGCUGAAAAUAAGCUUUCAGGAUCCAUACCUCAUUGCCUAUUCAACAUGACGCCUCCAGAUUCUGUGGCAACUUUGAGUGGAGAAAUUCCUGAAGAACUAAUUAGUAACAGUCAAAUACAGUCCUUGAAUUUGUCUCGAAACUAUUUGACUGGGAAAAUUCCCAAAGAAAUUGGAGGUAUGAAAUUGGAAUCUCUUGAUCUUAGCUACAACAAACUUUCUGGAGAAAUUCCUUCAACAAUAUCCAAUUUGUCUUUUCUUGAUUAUUUGAACCUCUCAUACAACAAUUUCGUUGGACAAAUUCCAUUGGGAACCCAAAUUCAAACUUUUGAUUCUUGGAGUUUUGUUGGCAAUCCUGAACUUUGUGGAGAUCCUCUUCCAAAUAAGUGCAAUAAUAAAGAAGAAACUCAUGACUCAAAGCUAGCUGAAGGAGAUGAAGAUGACGGCUUUCUAAAGUCAUUGUAUCGUGGUAUGGGGGUUGGAUUUGCAGCAGGUUUUUGGGGAGCUUGUGCUUCUCUCUUCCUCAUUAGAGCAUGGAGAUACAAAUUUUUCCGAUGGUAUGAUCACUUGGCGAAUCAACUUUAUGUUGCUUGGGCCCUCUUCUUCAAAAGCUUUAGCUAA